AUGGGACACCUGCUAUCUCCCACCAGAUAAAUUUAUUGAACAAACUGAUUGAAAGAAAUCACCCAAUAUUUUUGUCACCAUUUGAAUUUGAACUUGUGACCGCACAAAUAUCACGCGCUUCAUUGACCACUGAGCCAAACUAAAGUGCAUGUGAGCCAAAGUUUUUUGCGCCUUAAUGGGCGGGUUAUGCUGGAUUAUAACAAGAAAAUGAAAUAUCACUAAGUUUAGACCCCUAGCUAGCUCCCAUGGUCCCCAGGCCAGGGUGGCUGGCUACAAUAAGCUCUUCUUGGGAUCUGCUUUCUCGCUGAUUCCAAUAUACGAACUGACAAAUUUGAGGGUCGUUAUACUCAUUAAAUAACUCCCUAAAUUCAACUGAUGUUGGACUUUACCUAAUCAUAAUCAUUAGUUUUAGCAUAAACAAUUUGUUUUUGUCUAAUAUCUAAUAUACAUGUGCAAGUAGCUGGUCGUCUUAUUACGUUAUGUAUAAAUAGCACACCAGUACCAAACUGUUACCUUCAAAUUGCCUCCAAUAAAGAAAAUGGAAAACCCAAUUCCACUAACCAACAAAAAAUUGGAGGGCAAAAUUUCCAUCAUCACCGGAGGAGCAAGCGGCAUCGGCGAAGCCACGGCAAAACUCUUUGCUCAACAUGGCGCUAAGGUGGUAAUUGCUGACAUACAAGAAGCAAAGGGUCGAUCAUUAGCUGAAUCAAUCGGGUCAACUCACUGCACUUUCAUCAAAUGCGAUGUCACAGACGAGCAACAGGUUCAAUCAUUGGUACAAUCAACUAUUGAUCUCCACGGUCAGGUCGACAUCAUGUUCAGCAACGCUGGAAUUUCCAGCACCAACGAUCACGAACAAGACAUCCUAGGAUUCAACCUAGAUGCUUUCGACAACUUAUUCGCUAUCAAUGUUCGUGGAUCAGUGGCAUGCGUGAAACACGCAGCGAAAGCGAUGGUGAAUGGUGGCAUAAAAGGGAAAAUAAUAUGCACAACGAGCGUGACAGCGACUAUGGGAGUAACAAAGCAGAUUGACUACGCAAUGUCGAAACAUGCAGUACUAGGAUUGGUGAAAAGUGCAAGUAAAGGACUAGGUAAGUAUGGUAUACGCGUAAAUUGUGUAUCUCCGGCAGCUGUUGCAACGCCUAUGUUAGAGAAAUCGAUGAAAAUGAGUGUAGAUGAGAUAGAGAAAUUGUUUGAGUCGAUGAAUUGCUUGAAAAAUGGAGUGCUAAGAGCUUCGCAUGUUGCUGAUGCUGUGUUGUUUUUGGCUUCCGAUGAUUCUCAGUUUGUCACCGGACAUAAUUUGGUCGUCGAUGGAGGUUUUCAUCCUCCUGUCUGAAUGCUGUUUGGGCUACAGUGGGGGGUUUCAUACUGUCAACUUUGGGUUUUGUUUGGGCUUGUAUCUUUGUUGGGCUCAUGGGCUUGGGUUUCAAGAUCUGUUUAUAUUUCAAAAAUAAGGCCUCAUUUGGCACUUAAUAGAAAAUUUUAAUUAUUUAGAUCUCA